AUGUCUGUUCUGGAGAACUGGUUUAUGAGUGUGACACAUGUAGGAAAGUUUUCAGAUGAAACUUUAACCUCAUUAUACAUAAGAGAGUUCACACUGGAGAAAAAGCCAUAUGAGCGUACAGAUUGUGGGAAGUCCUUCAGUAACAGUUCCACCCUCAUUCAACAUCAGAGAAUUCACACUGGAGAAAAGCCUUAUAAGUGUAGUGAAUGUGGGAAGUCUUUCAGAUAUAAGUCUUAUGUCAAUCAACACCAGCGAUUUCACACUGGAGAAAAGCCAUAUGGGUGUACAGGUUGUGGAAAGUCCUUCCAUGAGAGUUCUACCCUCAUUCGCCAUCAGAGAAUUCACACUGGAGAAAAGCCUUAUGUGUGUAGUGAUUGUAGAAAAUCUUUCAGAUAUAGGUCUGAUGUCAAUAAGCACCAGCGAGUUCAUACUGGAGAAAAGCCAUAUGAAUGUACAGAUUGUGGGAAGUGAUUCAGUAAGAGUUCCACCCUCAUUCAACAUCAGAGAAUUCACACUGGAAAAAAGCCUUAUGAGUGUACAGAUUGUGGGAAAUCAUUUACCCAAAAAUGUAACCUUAUAAGACACCUGAGACUUCACAGUGGAGAAAAGCCUUAA